CCUCUCCAAUAUGGCGGCGACGUUGACGUGAGAUCCAAGGCCAACGCGGCGUCUCCGGUCUGAGUCUAAACCAAUAACAGUUUCCUCUUGGCAGAUAUUAUUCUUGGGCGGGAUUUACGCUGUCAUCAGAAAAAAACAUCUGACAGCCUGUCAGCUAGCUAGCAAACUGCCUGCCUUUCUAGCUAAAUAAUCUCCUAGUCCGUUAUUGUUUUGUACUCCAGACUUCUUCCUCCCCACUUGGAACCACAGAGUCGUUGUCGGUGCCUCAGACCGUGAGCUCCUUCAUCAUGACCACUGCCCUGGGGGAGAGCGACAAAGAGAAGACACGAUCUGUGUCAGUGGACCUCAACAAUGACACCGCUCUUAUUAUUGACAUUCCUGAUGCUCUUUGCGAAAGGGACAAAGUCAAGUUUACCGUCCAUACUAAGACGACGUUAAGCUCUUUCCAGAAGCCCGAUUUUUCAGUACCCAGACAACAUGAGGACUUCAUCUGGCUCCAUGACACUCUGGUGGAGACAGAAGAAUAUGCUGGGCUCAUCAUUCCCCCCGCCCCACCCAAACCUGACUUUGAGAGCCCCAGAGAGAAAAUGCACAAAUUAGGGGAAGGUGAAGCCACGAUGACGAAGGAGGAGUACACCAAGAUGAAGCAGGAACUGGAGGCUGAAUAUCUAGCCGUGUUCAAAAAGACUGUCCAGGUCCACGAAGUCUUCCUACAAAGACUGUCGUCUCACCCUAUUCUGAGCAAGGAUCGCAACUUCCACAUUUUCUUGGAAUACGACCAGGACCUGACUGUGCGAAGGAAGAAUGCCAAGGAAAUGUUUGGAGGUUUUUUCAAGAACAUGGUGAAGACUGCGGAUGAGGUCAUCAUCUCCGGGAUAAAGGAAGUGGAUGAUUUCUUUGAGCAGGAGAAGACGUUCUUGCUGGAUUAUUAUAGCAAGAUUAAAGACUCCACUAUCAAAGCAGAGAAAAUGACUCGCUCGCACAAAAAUGUGGCUGAUGAUUACAUUCACAUCUCGGCCACUCUUAGCAGCAUAUCUGCUGACGAUAGCACAGCCAUUAAGAAACACUUUGAGAAGUUGGCAGACCUUUUUGAGAAGCUGAGGAAAGUGGAGGGUCGGGUGGCCUCAGACCAGGAGCUGAAGCUCACAGAGCUCCUCCGGUACUACAUGAGGGACAUCCAGGCCGCCAAGGACCUUUUGUACAGGCGCGCACGGGCCCUGGCGGACUAUGAGAACUCCAACAAGGCUUUGGAUAAAGCCAGGUUAAAGAGCAGAGAUAUACCCCAGGCUGAGGAGCAGCAGCAGCUAUGCCUGCAGAAGUUUGACAAGCUCUCAGAGUCUGGCAAGAGAGAGCUCACCAGUUUUAAGGGCAGGCGUGUUGUGGCCUUCAGGAAGAACCUCAUCGAGAUGGCUGAGCUUGAGAUUAAGCACGCAAAGAACAACGUGGCUCUGUUGCAGGGAUGUAUCGACCUGAUGAAGACCCACUAGUGAGCCGGCAUUCCCGUCUCACCACACACAAGGACUAGGAGAAGGGAAUCAUGACAUCCCUAGAUCCUUUUCUUGCAACUGACCCCCCCCACCUAGGGGUUGUAUGCUGGAUGCAGUAUGUAAACCUGCACCAAUGCACAAAUGUCUUGUUCGCAGUAUGUCUCCAUGUUUACAUAUAAUGUUCCCUAAUCCUAUUCCUGGCACAGUCCAUGGAAUUCACAAUUUGUGUGAUUGCCUAUAUGGUUUGCCGAUGGUCCUCCUUAUGGUUUUGCUAUGUCCCUAUGGUCUUCCUUAUGGUAUUCAUAUCUUCCUUUAUGGUCUUCCUAUAUGGGCUUCCUUAUGCUCUUUCUAUGUGGUCUUCCAGAUUGGUAUGUCUUUGUCUAGGGUCGAGAGGGUUGUUUUGGUCAGUUUGUUUUAAUAAUAUAAAUUCUUGUUUAUGCCAAUGGUGUUCAUUUUGCCUAGCUUUUUGAUAAUUUCUUGCCUACCGACGGCGCUAGAUGCUAACCCUUUCCUAUCCUUCCUUGAACACACUUGGGCAAAGUAGUGUAGUUUGGAGACUCAUCCUUCAGAAAUACCCUUCAAUGAGAGAAAAAAUGCUUAAUGAUAAAGAUGUUUUGUUUUUGAGUCACGGCCAUACUUUGUUAUUUUUUACCUUCUGUGCUCAGGCCUGUUUUUAAAUCAACCUGUGUCACACAUGGUUGACUUCAGAACAUACUACGUGUGGCAGGAGGGAAACGCGUGGCUGGGUGGAAAAAAAUGUCCUAGUUUUCUGCAUUGUUGAACUUUGAGAUGGUGUACAAUGAGGCAGAUUAUCUCAACCACAAGUGAAGUUCUCUCCUCUGGAUUUGGAAGAAAACCAGCGAUCCUCUUGUGUUCUAGAAUAGCUGCACUGUGCCUCAGCAAUGGACACUUGGGUUUGUCCUUGCAUUCCUCCCAGUCAUCAUCACCCAGGCCACAUAAUGCAACACUACCGGAAGAGCUGGACUGAUCUACUGCACAUCUAGGAUCAGUCUAAACCCAUUCUGUGCUAGUGGAUGGGGUUUACUGCAGUGCAGCAGCAAUAUGCAUAAGAACAAGGGAAACUGCUAUGUACACUCGUUGAAAGUAGUGAGUAGGUCUGUGAAACCCUCAAACCACGAGAAAGUCCCUUAUUCUUUUCAUUUAUAUUUCUCUAAACAUCCCUCAGAGCAAACCAACUUUAUUUUGUUGGUUUAUUUCCCUAUGUUUAAUCUGCAUUUACCAGCAACUUCGCUCUUGAGUGAGUACUUAUGCACUUAAUUUCUGCCAUGAUAUCCUAUACAUAUAUCACGUGCUUUUAUCCUUUUUUGACACAAGUCUUUAUUUUUCUAGAGUCCACAAAAGUUUCAUCUUAUGGGCAAGAGUUAGUUCUUUUCAUAACAAUAUAUUUGGAUAAAAUGUGAUUAUUAAAAUGUGUGUGUGUGUGUGUGUGUGUGUGUGUGUGUGUGUGUGUGUGUGUGUGUGUGUGUGUGUGUGUGUGUGUGUGCGCGCGUGCGCAACAAUCUACAAAUCACCAUGUGUUCAAAGGGUUUUGGAUGAAUUUUGAUGAUGUAUUUCUAAAUGGAUUCCAGCAGCGAUGAUGACUUUGCAGACAGUUUUCAUACAGGCCAUUUUCAAAUUUGUAAUUAUGGCUUUAAAUAAAAUACUACUUUUCCCAUA